GCCCCGCGCCUCCCCGCGCCGCGCCGGCCAAGCCGCCGCCGCCGGAGCCGGAGCCGCCGCCAUGCUCGUCAAGGAGUACCGCAUCUGCAUGCCGCUCACCACCGAGGAGUACCGCGUGGGGCAGCUGUACACCAUCAGCAAGCACAGCCACCAGGAGAGCGAGAAGGGCGAGGGCGUGGAGGUGGUGAAGAACGAGCCCCACGAGGACCCCGUGCACGGCCCCGGGCAGUUCACCGAGAAGCGGGUGCACCUCUCCAGCAAGCUGCCCAGCUGGGCCCGGGCGGUGACCCCCCGCAUCUUCUACAUCACGGAGAAGGCCUGGAACUACUACCCCUACACCGUCACCGAGUACACGUGCUCCUUCCUGCCCAAGUUCUCCAUCUACAUUGAGACCAAGUAUGAGGACAACUGCGGCGACAGCGAGAAUAUCUUCCGCAGCGACAAAAUCCUGGGCGACCACGAGGUCUCCUUCCUGGACAUCGCCUUCGACGAGAUCCCCGAGCGCUACUACCGCAGCCCGGAGGACCCGCGGUACUUCAGCUCGGCCAAGACGGGCCGGGGGCCGCUGCGGGAAGGCUGGCGCCAGCACACCAAGCCCAUCAUGUGCUCCUACAAGCUGGUGACGGUGAAGUUCGAGGUGUGGGGGCUGCAGAGCCGCGUGGAGCAGUUCGUGCACAAGGUCAUCCGCGACAUCCUGUUGAUAGGACACCGGCAGGCCUUCGCUUGGGUGGACGAGUGGUGCGGCAUGACCCUGGAGGAGGUGCGGCACUACGAGCGGGAGACGCAGGAGGCCACCAACGAGCUCCUGGGGCCGGUGCUGCCCGCCAUCGCCGUGAGCGAGGCGGGGCGCUCGGCGGCGCCGCGCUCGGCCCCCGCCAGCGCCCCCUCCACCCCGCUCGCCGACGACGCCCCCGACUUCCUCGCCGCCCCCAAGACUCGGCCCCGCAAGAAGUCGGCGCCGGAGACCCUGACGCUGCCGGCGCUGCGGGAACGCGCCGGUGCCGAGUGAUGCCCGCGCCGGGCCGUGCCGCGCUGGCUGCCCUGUGCCGCCCCGCCACGCUCGGCUGCCCGCGGACGGCUCUGCUCUGCGGGGGGCUCCCAGGUGCCGGAGGAAAGCACGGUGCGGGCGGCUGGGCUGGGAGCCGCGUGCCCGGGGGUGCUCGGAGAGCAACAUGCGCCCUGCGGCCGGCAGUGCGGCAUGGCACGGCACAGCACAGCACGGUGCGGCGCGGCACGGCAUGGCGCAGCACAGCACGGCGGGCGCGUGCGUGCCAGCCCGGCGCCGGGCUCCUGGCGGGCGGCGGGGGAGCCGUGCUGCCCCGCAGCCCCCCGGGCGCGCCGGGUGCCGCCGCCGCAGCUCGGCCCUCCGUUUUCUUUGGGAGAGCAAAGGCCUUUUCAGAAAUAAAAGCCGGCGGCACGGCG